CAACAACAAAGUCCUCAUAAACCCCAUAACCCAAACCAAAACCAAAACCCAUCUCCUUCUCCUCCCAUUGAACUCCUUCUCUUUCCCUCUCUCUCUCUCUCUCACACACAAAGAGGCCAUGGAUUACUUCGACCAUGAUCAUGAUCAUGACCCAUUCCACGACCACGACGACUUCAACAGAAGGAUACUCAUCAUGGCCAUAGUUUCCUUAUCAGUGGUCUUGGUUCUUGUCUUUGCACUUCACCUCUACGCAAGGGUUUUCCUCCGCCGCCAAACUCGCCGCAGAGCCGCCAUAUACCAACUGAGCCUCAACGUGGCACAAGCACACGCCGAGCCACACAACAACACAGGGCUGAACCCUGCCCUCAUCACCACCCUUCCCACCUUCCCCUUCAAACAAAACCAACACCAUGAUUCUGCUGAGUGUGCCGUGUGCUUGAGCGUUCUAGAAGACGGAGAACACGUGAGGCUUCUUCCCAAUUGCAAACACAGCUUCCACGUCAGCUGCAUCGACACGUGGCUUUCUUCGCACUCCACGUGUCCCAUUUGUCGGACCAAGGCCGGACCGGUCCAGCUCGAACCGGUCCGCCUCGAACCUCAGCCCCGUGAGGGCCCCACUGGCUUGGUUCUUGCUGAUGUUGUUGCACCCACGGCUCCUCUAUUGUUUGAAAACGUGGAAGGAACCUCGGAUGGUGCUAAUAAUAAUGGGUCACCUAAGGUUAGUGGUUCGAAUUCGAGGUUGAGUUCGUUCAGAAGGAUUCUCAGUAGGGAGAGAUCGAUGAGGAGGAUUCUACCUUCUAGCCAUGAUGAUGUUGAACAUGACUUAGAGAGGCAGUGAGAACUGAGAAAUUAAUUAUUGAGGUACCAACACCAUGUAUCUGGUUUUGAUUAUUUGUGUGAAGUGUCUCUGAUUUUUAUUUUAUUUUAUUUAAAUUCCAUAGUUUGUUUUGUUCUUUGGUUUUAUUUACAUAGUGAAUGAGUUUCGGUGGGAAGUCAAAAAUCAGGAUCCUGAUAGUUGGGAUUCUUGUUGACUUGCUCCUAUAAAUAUAAGGUAUUAACUGUUGGAGAAAAGAAGAGUGCAACAGAAAAAUGCAAAAAAUUCUGUUUCUGAUUAAUAGAAGUUAUACAACACUGAUUACUCUC